UCAACCCCAUCCCAUAUUUUGCCCAGUGUUUUGGACACAAGAUGCACGUAGACCAGUAUGAAAAGCUGUGCAUGUUUGGAGUAACAUGUGCUAGCGAUUGAUGGAUACAGCAGCAAGGUUGUGGGCUGGAGAAGCAUGCCGGUAAAAAACAACCUUCUGAUAUAUGAUAAUGUGUACAGGCCUGCUGUACUGGAGUAUGGAAUGUGGGAUCAAGUUCGUGUAGACCAUGGGACCGAGUUCUUUUUGACCUUAUAUAUGCAAGAGAAGAACAACGACUUGCGAGUUAAUUGUAGCCGACAGCCGUACAUCCAAACAAAAUCUACAAGAAAUCAUAAGAUUGAGCGCAUGUGGCCGGAAGUCAAUCAGAGAGUAAACUAUCCCAUCAAAGGCGCCCCAGUGGAGUUAACCGACGCAGAAAAGUUGGACAUCGAUGAUUCCCUGGUGAAGUUUUGUGUGUCCACCCUCUGCCUACAACUAUGUGAAGUUGGUGUGGACAGGGAAGUAACCUCUUGGAAUGCUCAUCGUAUACCAGCCCAUUUCCUAACGUAUCGGGAUCGACAACUGCCUCGCGGAAGACGAAGGAUCGAGCUCAUCAGGAGGAUCGGCAUCUGCCUUCGGGAGACCUCGGAGGGUCGUCUGGAGCCUAGGAAACCCCCUUUCUUGAGAAACUCCAUUUCCCUUAAGGGAAUCCCUUCCCUUAAGGAAACCCCCUUUCUUGAGGAACCCAUUUCUAAGGUAUCCGGAAUGACAACUGCCUCGCGGGAGACGAAGGGUCGAGCUCAUCAGGAGGAUCGGCAUCUGCCUUCGGGAGACCUCGGAGGGUCGUCUGGAGCCUAG